AUGGUCUCCAGAUACGUGACCUCCUCGGAUGGCGCGCAAAUCUACACCGAAGCGUAUGGUGACCCAUCCAAGCCUGCUCUUAUCCUAGUUGCUGGCUACUCGCUGCACUCGAUCGUGUUUGAGAAGCAGCUCGAGUUGCAGAAGGACCUGUUUCUUGUCCUGUACGACUCGCGGGGUCAUGGCCGAAGCUCCAUGCCUGAGACUCCGGAAGAACACGAGUCUAAACUCUAUGCAGACGACUUCGCUGCAGUUUGCAAGGAAUACAAGCUCAAAAAGCCCGUCUUCGGAGGCUGGUCCCUCGGCGGUACCAUCGUCUCCGACAUCUGCCAUCACCUCGGCGCCGACGUUCUGGGCGGUGUCAUCCUCAUCGCCGCCGUCCCCUUCCUUGACCUCUUCCCAAAGGUCGCUUCCCCGCAACUCCUCGAGAAUGUCCCGCGUGUUUUGGAGAAAUCCGACGUGAAGACAUCACGCGAGGGGUCGCGCAUAUUCAGGCAGGCGCUCUUCUACGAUGUUGAGAAGGUGCCGUUCGCAACGAGCCUCGCGUGGAUGGGCAGCAUCCUGCUUAUGCCGCCCGAGACGGGUGAGCUGGUUAUCUAUCGGAAGCAGGACGGGACGAAGUUCUUGGAGGCGGGAAAGGCGGGAUUGAAGGUGAUGUACAUGUAUGGCAAGCAGGAUAUGCAUCACCCGAACGGGAUGGUGGUGGUCGAGGAGCUUCGACCGCAUUUCAAGGACAUCAAGGUCGUCGCGAUCGACAACGCCGGACAUUCUGUGUUCUACGAGCGUCCCGAAGAGACGAACAAGGCCUUGCUCGAGUUCGUGAAGGAGUGUCACGCGUGAUACACAAUAUCUGUGUACGGAACCUGUACAUAGCAGACACAUAAUCUCCUUAGCCAUACCAUUAAAUCCAACGCUCACCCCU